AUGGCGGCAAACUUCAGCUCUGCAGAAAACAUCUGUGAAGGAGAGAACUGUCAAUCAAUCACAGAUGUGACAUACUACGUGAAGGAGAGGAAAAAGCUCUGCGAUGACUGCGCCUCUAUAAAGGAAUGCAUCGGAAAAGCAAAAAAGGGUAGGCCCAAUCUUUAUUGUGAGAAGCAUGAUGGUGAAGAAAUCAAACUGUACUGUAAAACACAUGGUGAAGGAGUGUGUCAAUUAUGCGCAAUGAUAGAUCACCAGUCUUGCGGGCGACAGGAUAUAAAGGGCGCGAUCGAGGAUAGUAGAGCAGAACUUAACAUUCUGAAACGAACGGCAAAUAACAAAUUGAAGCUUUGUCGAGUUUAUGGAGAUCAGAUUCAUCAGUGCAGGAAAGACACCGACACCCAUCUACAAGCUUUGAAAGAUGAAGUAGAUUCGGUAAUCAAUGAGGCGAUCCAAACAGACAAAGACAAAGAGAAAGAGGAUGCUGCCAAAAUCAACUAUGAGAUUGAUGAGAAGAAUCAAAAACUUCACGAGGAUAUUCAGAAGAUCAAUGAACAGAUUCGAAAGAACGACGGAGAGAAAGAAAAACGACUUGAAUUGAACCGUACAAAUGCAGAGAUAAGACGAAAACCAAUCGACAAUAUACAACAUUGUCUUCAAAUGGACAUUAAGAAAAUCGCUGAAGAAAAGGAUUUUAAGAUUGGUGAGUUGGAGAACGCAUGGCAAGAUGACACAAGAACCACAGAGGAUACAGUACAGAUACUUGAUACGGUACUCGAACAUGAUCAAAAUGUCGUCAAAGACGGGCAUCGUGUCAAGACAUCAGUGAGUGACGAACUAAAGAAGCCACUACAUGAGGGUGAUGCGAAACAAAUAACUGGGGCCAUAUCGGUUGUGAGGUUUGUGAAGGGUGCUGGGAAAGAGAAGUAUGAUGGAAGGAUGUAUGGAUAUGAUGGGGAGUGGAAGCUCUUUGAUACAAUCAAUGUCAAAGAUAAAAUUACAUAUCCAACCAUUAUAGGAUGCAUAAAUGAAGGCAAUGUGAUCAUCACAGAUAGAGUAUUAGGUAGCGUACAUACAUACAUGUUAGAUAUGAACACUAAAGACAGUAAGAGAGUGAUAACCGGUAGUGGAGCAUCAUGGGUCAGUAUCUCCUGUGCAUUGCUGAAUGACGACAAGGUAGUAUGCGGUAAAUGCAGCAGGGGCCGGUUAGGGCAUGAUUUGGCUGGAUACAUCAGCGUGUAUGACAGACAAUGGAAGCACAUCAAUGACGUCACGAUACCAAAAAACACAACGUGUGAUGACACAGGUGUGGAUGUAGCUGUUGACCAAGAUGGGAUGAUCAUCGCCGCUGAGUGGGAUCAGUCUAAUAUAUUCAUCAUCAACCCAGCUGAUGGUAAGAUCAUGAACGUCAUCACAUGUAAGGAUAAUAUAAGUGUGCAUGGUGUAUUAUCAUCAGGUCAUAUCGUCGCUCUACCAUAUCCACCAGAUUACAGAGUGUUCAUUAUCGACAGACAGGGUGCUCAAAAGGAAAUCCUCCACAGUGGUUUCAUCCUGAAUACCUGCAUCGAUCCCAUGACAGACGACCUCUACGUCGUGACAUCAGAUCAUGAGUACAAGACGUGUGUGAUUGAUCAGGUGAUGAGUGGGGGUGACAUGAAGAAGAGAAGAGUAGCAUCAUUCCCUCUAUCGACAGAACUAGACUCACUGGAGGAAAGGGAGGGUCACUUUAUAUCAUCUCGGGUGUUGAUGACGUCAUCAGGGAAACUUAUUGUUAGCGAUGGAGACAACAUUCUCGUAUUCAAAAACAGAUUUACCUUCUAA